CUCCGCCGCCGCUCUAAUCCGGCAAUGUUGCUGGAAAUAUCGACUUCGCCACCACCAAAAUCUGCUUGAUACUGACCAUUCGCCACCACCAUCAUCAUUCUUAACCUCUCAACAACAAUGUCACUCUCCAAACAAAACCAAGCGGCCUCAACUCGAGAGCUCAAGCACCGAGUCCUCACCUGUCUCCACAAGCUCUCCGACCGCGACACCCACUCCGCCGCCGCCGUGGAACUCGAGUCGAUGGUCAAGACUCUCUCUCCGGACACUCUCUCACCCUUCCUCUCCGCUAUCUCCGCCACCGACUCCGCCGACAAGUCCGCCGUCCGCAAACAAUGCCUUCGCCUGAUCUCUCUCCUCUCCGAAUCCCACGGUAACUCCAUCUCUCCAUUCCUCCCAAAACUCCUCUCCUCCAUCAUCCGCCGCCUCCGCGACUCCGACUCCUCCGUCCGCUCCGCCUGCAUUUCAGCCACCGCUUCUCUCUCCUCACACUUAACAAAACCUCCAUUUUCCUCAAUCAUGAAGCCCUUUGUCGACACUUUAGUCACUGAACAAGACCUAAAUGCUCAAAUCGGAGCGGCUUUGUGUUUGGCGAGGGCAAUUGAUGUGUCAGACGAUCCAGAACCAAUGUACUUGAGGAAGUUGGUGCCGAGGAUGGAGAGGUUGCUGAGGAGUGAGAGUUUCAAGGCGAAGGCAGCGUUGUUGACCCUGAUUGGGAGUGUGGUUGGAGCUGGCGGAGCAAAGAGUCAGCUUCUGGUGAAGAAUCUGGUGGCGUGUUUGAUGGAGUUCGUGCGCAGUGAGGAUUGGGCGGCCAGGAAGGCCUCUGCGGAGGCGUUGAUCACAUUGGCAGUCGUGGAAAGGGAAACCUUACCGGAGUUUAAGGCUUCGUGUUUAAAGACUUUUGAGGCGAAGAGAUUUGACAAGGUGAAGAUUGUGAGGGAGACGAUGAAUCAGAUGGUGGAGGUUUGGAAGGGGAUUCCUGAUUUUUUAGAGGAGAUCUCGCCGCCUCCUGAAUCACAAUUCUGUUCUAAAGAGGAUGCUAGUGAUGGGCACUGUCCGCCUGGCUUGAAGAUUUCCUGCAAUAUUAGCUCUGGUACUCCUCAAGUAAAGAGAAACAUCGUCCUGGCUGACAGAUCACCUUUGCCUGAUGGUUCUUCUACUGCUACAACAAGGAGGAGGAGUCUUCUCGACAGUAGUGACAAGAGAAAAGGUCCAGCAAUGUUCCGAAAGCUGGACUGUAAGAAGCCCACAGGUGGGAAAGUUAAAAUUUCUGCUCCUCAUGCGCCUUUGAGGGCAGUGGUUGGUGAGGAUGAACCAGGGUCUGGAGACGAGAAAACACAGGAGAAAGUUGACAAGGAUAGGAAUGGGUUUCAGAAGACGGAAAUGACAAGACGUGCCCUUUUCAGUAAGAUCUCUGAUGAGAAAAUACACAAAUUCUGUGGAUCUCGUGUUGUUCCAUGUAAUGAUGAGAGUUCAGAAUCUAUUAUCGUUGUUAAUAAUGUUACCGGAGAUCUCAGUAGAGGCCAUAAAGAAUGUGAGGAUUUAUCUUUGAUCCGCAAGCUGCUUGUGCAAAUUGAAAAUCAGCAGUCCAAUUUAUUAGAUCUCCUCCAGGGAUUCAUUGGGAGCUCACAGAAUGGGAUGCAUUCUUUGGAGACACGUGUUCAUGGUCUGGAGCUGGCGUUGGAUGAGAUCUCAUAUGACUUGGCUGUGUCAACUGGAAGGAUGUCAAAUCCGAACUCUGCAACCAUGUGUUGCAAGCUACCUGGUGCAGAAUUUUUAAGCUCUAAGCUCUGGGGAAGAACAGAAGGUCGGUUUUCAACGUCCCGGUUUUCUUCCAGUGGAACCCCAUCAGUGGCUGCCAUGCGCAACAAAACCGAUAAGAAUGGAAACAAUGAGACAUUUAACCUGGAAAAUAGGAGAUUUCGGCACCAGGGUGGUGGUGGUGGGUUUAUUGUGAAUCCACUGGCUGACAUCAAGUCCCAGGGGAUUUCAGAGAUUACAUCAAAUAGGGUCUCAAAGAAUGUUCCUGAUGGCGUAUAAAAUGCCAUAGCACAUCAUCUACCAGAGUUACCAGCAGGUGAGCUGUAUAUAUCAGAUAGAAGCUGGAGUUAUAAUACUCAUUUUAGCUAAGUAAAGAUGCGGAUUGGAGUUGGAGCUUGAUUAUAAAGUACAUAAUAGAAGCGGUUUCUUUCAAUGUCGCCUAUACAAGUAUACGUUUUACAGUAUGGAUGCCUGAGAGUAGAAGAAAGCUCACUACAAUUUGAAGGGGAAAAUAUAUAGAGAAGCAGUUGUUUGGACAUUUCAUCUCACUUUGUGACUGGGUUUUUCGAUUUAUUU